AUGAAUGUAGUAGGACCGGGCCUGAAAAAAACUGUUCAUUUUUAUCAGUCUGCUGGCGAGGAAUUUGUUUUGCAGUCUGCUCACAUCGAUGCAAUUGAGAAAGAAGUCGUGCUGAAGGAAAAAUCGUACUUGCAAGAAAUUUCACACUUGCGUCAAGAAAUAAGCAAGCAUUUGAAAGUACAACUGGAAAAGGAACUUAAACGAAAGGAAGAGCUCAUCACACAAGCAUCCAAAUUGUGUGACGUAAUUAAUGGGCCCAGCAAACAGCAAGGGAACGUUAACAGAACUCAUGGAAUUGAUGAUUCCAAUGUGUCCGCAGCCAUCGUUAUGGCUGACGAUGAUUGGGAAGUGGUGAUGGAUCCAUAA